UUUAAGAAUAUACCCUAUUAUUAUUAGAGAGAUUGUCUAAUGGCCAAGCCUAUUUUUCUGAGAUAACGUUUUAGUAUUUUUUAUUUAUAGAAAACACAUAGCUCAGUUGUUUAGCCAUGGUGGUGAAGGUUUAUAUUAGUGGAAUUUCAGGGAACAAAGAGGUGAAAAAGAGACAACAGCGAGUGUUAAUGAUAUUAGAUUCGAAGAACAUAAAGUAUGAAAUUAUUGACAUAACAGAGCCGGGCCGAGAGUCUGACAAAGACUUUAUGCAAAACAAUUCGAAGUCUAACGGCGCUACUGUUAGUGAUUCCAAUCCGCGCUCGCCGCUCCCUCCGCAAGUUUUCAACGAAGAAGAGUACUGUGGAGAUUAUGAUCAGUUUGAUUUAGCAAAUGAAUUAGACACCUUGGAACAGUUUCUUAAACUAGAAACUCCCCCAGAACCUGCACAACCAGAAGAAACGGUUGCUGUCAACGGAGAUGCAAAAUUAAGUGAUAAGGGAUCAAAGGAGAAUUCACAGGAAAGGGAGAGCGUAGAGAGAGUGGCCGAGGAACCAAAACCUGAAGCCGAGGAUAGUGCACCAAAAGAGGAUAAAGUCGCAGAAGAACCAAAGGAGAAGGAAACAUCAAAUGAGAGCCCAGAAGAGGAAAAGAAAGAGGAUGAAAGAGAAAAGACUCCUGAAGAAACUGAAAAGCCCCCAGAACAAAUUGAAUCGAACGCUAUAAAAGAUGUCACAACAAUGUCCAACACUGAUGUAGUAUUGAAAGAAAACGGGUCUGCAGGCUCCCGGGAGGCUUCACAAGAGAAAGAAGUAGAAGUCAAAGAGAAGGAAAGCCCAUCCGAAACUCUUAUACAAAGUGAGCAGGUGGCCGCAGCUGAGUAAUGCUAGCUUGUAAGCAUGUUGUCAGCUCAAAUCACACUUAUAGUUGUAAGUGAACACUACCCAUUAAUCUCACUAUUUAUGAAGCAUCUAUCAUUUAUUUGCGUCUAUAACUUGAUGUACAUAAUUAUACACAUUUUAUAUUUCAAGUUAGCUCUCGCUUGUAUGAAAUUCUCUCACAUAGUGGCCUAAUCAGUAUAUAAAAGUAUUCAUAAUUUUGUUAACUUAAAAUUAUUGUUGAAUAUGAAAUCAGGUAUUCGUCAAGUAUUAUUUUUAAGAUUUUAAUUGCCAUGUUAAGCUUUCAUUAGGAUAAAAGAGUAUAGAAUAUAUUUAUUCGACAAAUUCUAUUGGAUAUUGGAAUGUGUGCUCACUGGAUAACAUGACACUAGCAUUAUAGAUUUGAUCGAGGUGCUGAGCUUGAGUCCAUGUGAAUCUAAUGAAUUCAUAAAUGAACUGCUUUUUAUAAUUUUUUUCUUCAAAUUCUUUUUUUAUUUAUAUAACCAUUUAAUCAAUUAUACUGUUAAAGACAUUUUUUAAUUUACUAAUUUUUUCAUAUUAUGAAUUAUAUUAAACAAUUAUAAAAA